UACAAAUUGAUAGAAGAUGUGAAAGAGGAGUACAACCAGAACAACUCAAUGUAUUUGAUUGCGAAUGAAGAGGAGUUGAUGCAAAGCUAUCUGAAUUUUGUAUACGAUUUAAUUUCAGAGAGGAAAAGUGAGGUUUUUGAUAUACUUUUGAUGGUCCAUAAAGAAAAGGGAAAUAUAAAGGAGGAUGCACAAAAUUUUGCUAAUGGAUUAGCAAGUCGAAAUCAAGGCCGGAAAGACGAGGAGAUCAGUGAUAUCAAGGAUCUUGACUGUCUUGAGGAAUUUUCAGGCAUUCUUCCUGUGUUUAUUGAGGAUAAAAAAGCCACUUGCGUCAGGGAAAUUUUAUCCGAUCAUUCUUUCAUUAACACAAUACUCUCCGUACAGUCUAUUUUGUCCUGUAAGACUAUCAGCAGAAGUGCCGGAGUUCUCAUUAACAGUAUACUUGGCUAUAAAAACACAUUUAAAAGACCUUGUCUACACAUUCUUCGGAAAUCCCCGCUUUUACUAUCGCCCGUUACUGUUAGAAGAAUUGUAUUACACUACACUGAUAAGUCUGAUGAGGAUAUCUAUAAUGACAGGUUUGCCAUUCAUGAAAUCUUCAAAGAUUGCGAACUAGAGGCCUCCAAGGAUUCUCUCAGGAUGAUCAGCUUUGCUCUUGGUUCUUUUGAAGAAAGGCUAAGCUUGAUUUUUGACAGCAUUAUGAAUAUUAAGGCUUAUAAAGAUAAGGAGCUAAGAUUAAAUGAGAUUUUCAAGGGAACUGAUGAGGACUUGUAUAUCAGUGAAGAUGAGGAAGAAGUACAAAUGUAUCCUGAGAAUUUCCUAGUAGCCAUGUCCCUAUUGAGCGAUUCCCAGCUGGUAGAAACAAUCAAGAACAAGGUAAUACCCUCCAAGGUUGACGCAGUAGUCCAAGAAAUCAAAACUCAGCUAAAAAUUAGGACGAACCCUUUCAAAGUCCGUCUUUACAAAAAGAUUAAGGUAAAUGCAUUAAGAAUUGAAAAGCAUGAACGAAUUCUAAAAAGCUCUGCCAUUUAUUUGGACAGUUUGUUAAAAUUUUUACAAAACUUUACAAAAAUUAACAAAAAACUGUUUCUUAAUAAGCACGUGUUCUUUAGAAUGUUCUCGAUCAUAAACUCAUCACUAAAUUUGCUGGUUGGAGAACAAUCACUGAAAAUCAAACUGCAGAACAAGGAAGAGUAUCAGUUUCAUCCAAAGGAAAUUUUAAGGAUGAUUAUUUCAAUAGUGAUUAAUAUUCUUAAGAAUAACACUAAGCUUACACAAGCAUCAGGAAUUGAUAAAACUCUGCUUGAGAGAGCGUUAGAUUUAGUAAAGACCAAGCAUCUUAUAACGCAAGAUCAGGUUCUAGAUCUUACUGAGAUUUACAAGGUAUUACCUGAAAAGACAUCGGAAAAUGAUAUCAAUAAUGACAUUAUCAAUGAUGAUGUCCCUGAAGAGUUUCUUGAUCCACUCACUUUUACAAUAAUGGAAAACCCAGUGCUGAUGCUGACAUCGAAGAUAACCAUUGACAGAUCGACAUUUAAUCAGAUAAUGCUUAAUGAUCGAAUAGAUCCUUUCAGUCGGCUGCCGUUAGACGAGAGUCAAAUUGUGGACAAUGCUGAGUUGAGGGAGAAAAUAGAAGAUUUUAAGAAAAAAGGAACUAUUAGGAGUAAAGUUUGUAUUUUAUGUAAUAGUUUUGUCUUUUAUUUGCACAAUACCCAUUUACUGUGCAUUAAAACGAGUCAAGUAUACAGCUUUAUAAGCAAACAAUGA